GGAAGCCUUAAUAUCAUGCUUUAGGGCCAUUAUUGCUUUCGUUAAAGUCACUGAGAACCAUUUACUCUCCUUUAUGGAUUGUGACUUAGCUUGUUGAAAUAAUUUUUGGUCUUCUAAUAAAAUAUUGGCUGCACGCAGGCAAACUGUUCAGGUAAUUAGCAGUGUCAUUGUAAUGAAAAUCCUGAAGUGCCUAAUGGCUGGGUCCUGCUUAGCCUUAAACUGUCAGGAAGAUUAGAACAGAAGGGAUUGCAUCCCCAGAAAUUAUACGAAGUAUUGUAUCCUGCUUUAUUUUCCCUGUGAUAUGGGUUUGCUGUAACUUUUUUUUGUUAUGGUAUAACUUUCAUUUAUUUAUCGAAGUUCCCAUUGUUACUAGAAUCUAAAACAUUUGUUAUUAACUUGGUUUUAUGUCUUGUCUGCAUGUGGAUUUAAUUGCUUUUUUUGUUAAUUUUACUACGGUUUGAUUGUUACAGAUUAAUCAAAAAGUUUUGUAUUUCUACUGUCAUGUGGAAUGCUCAUUUUGUGAACCUUUCUGAGCAAGUCAUCUGUAACUUGGUUGCUGGAAGUAAAGGUGAAACUGAAUGCAGUCACCCUUCCAGUGGAGGAAGAUGGGUCUCCUUUUACUUCUAAUAAUUUGCCAAUGUGUCAUAAACAGUAUCAAAACACACAGUGUUUCAAAGCCCAAUAUAAUUUUACUGAUGGCUGAUGAUCUUGGUAUUGGAGACCUGGGAUGUUAUGGGAACAAAACCUUAAGAACCCCUAAUAUUGACAGGCUAGCAGAGGAAGGAGUGACACUUACUCAGCAUAUAGCAGCAGCCCCACUUUGUACUCCAAGCAGGGCAGCUUUCCUGACUGGAAGAUAUCCUAUAAGAUCAGGAAUGGCUGCCUUCUCACGAGUCGGUGUCUUCUUAUUUUCUGCCUCUUCUGGGGGACUUCCUUCUGAAGAAAUAACUUUUCCCAAACUCCUGAAGCAGAAAGGUUAUGCAACAGCUCUAAUAGGAAAGUGGCAUCUUGGGAUGAACUGUGAAAGCAGUAAUGACUUCUGUCACCACCCUCUCAGUCAUGGAUUUGAUUACUUUUAUGGCCUUCCCGUGACCAAUUUUAGAGACUGCAAACCUGGCCAAGGCAGUGUAUUUUUAAAAGGUGUUCAGAGGGACCUUGUCAUCCCAGUCCAAAUCGCUGGGAUCGCCCUUGUGUCUUUGGCAGUAGUGCAGUACAUUGGCCUUCUCAAAGUACCCUUUCAAGCACUGGGUUACUUCUUGUUAAUAAUCACAAUUUCACUUGUGGUUUUGAUUUUUUUCUUCUAUCAUUUUCGACAACUAAACUGCUUUUUAAUGAGAGACCAUCAGAUUAUCCAGCAGCCACUGUCCUAUGAGAACCUUACUCAGAGACUGACAAAAGAAGCCGUGAAGUUUAUUGAAAGGAACACUGAUACACCAUUUCUUCUUUUCCUGUCUUAUCUUCAUGUCCAUACUGCUCUAUAUGCUUCAGAAAAUUUCAAAGGAAAGAGCAAGCAUGGUUUAUAUGGUGAUGCAGUGGAGGAAAUGGACUGGAGUGUAGGGCAAGUUCUGGAUGUGCUGGAGAAGCAUAAUCUGAAGGACAAAACUCUUGUAUACUUUACAUCUGACCAAGGGGCUCAUGUUGAAGAAAUCUCCAGUGCUGGAGAAGUCCAUGGAGGAUACAAUGGCAUAUAUAAAGGUGGAAAAUCAACGAACUGGGAAGGAGGCAUUCGUGUGCCAGGUCUUCUCCGUUGGCCUGGCAUGGUACAGGCUGGCGCCCAUAUUGAUGAGCCAACCAGUAACAUGGAUAUAUUUCCUACCAUAGUUAAACUUGCAAAUGCACAGCUACCCUCUGACAGGAUUAUUGAUGGACAUGAUCUGCUACCUUUAGUUCAAGGAGAAGUUACUCAAUCUAAGCAUGAAUUUCUCUUUCACUACUGCAAUGCAUAUUUAAAUGCCGUACGCUGGCAUCCAGGAAACAGUGAAUCUGUCUGGAAGGUCUUCUUCUUCACUCCCAACUUCAGUCCUGAGGACUCCAAUGGUUGCUAUGAUUCUCACGUUUGCUUCUGCCAUGGAGGAUUCAUUACACGACACGAUCCUCCGCUGCUCUUCGAUCUGUCCAGAGACCCUGAGGAGAAAGUGCCACUGACUCCAGAAACUGAGAGCCGUUUCUACGAAGUCAUCAGGGUCAUACAACAAGCAGUAGACAACCACACCAGAUCCCUGCAUGCUGUUCCUAACCAGCUGUCAUGGGACAACCUUCUCUGGAAGCCAUGGCUCCAGCUCUGCUGCUCAUCUCUCUUCCAGUCUUGUUACUGUGACCAUGAAUCAGGAGGGGGUUCGCUGCAGGUGCAAUUGGGAUAAAUGUGCUGUAAUUCCCUUUCAGAAACUGGACCAGCUGAGUGUGAGUGUCUGACUUGAACUUGGGGUACAAGCCUUCAGAAGGUUUUGUUGUGUCGGUGGAGGACCAGUCUUCAAAUACAUAUUGCAGUAGAAGAGAAUUUCAGUCAAGAAAACGUGCCAGGAGAGGGAAGACACGACACACCUCCUCUGUCCUUAUCACACAGCAUGAAGGACACAUUGCCGUCCUCAUAUACACAUGGGUAGAAUUCUGUGGGUGAUAAUUUUCUAGACCUUCAGCCUGGGCUUUUGUCUUACACAGCAAAGAAUUUACCGAUCAGUUCUGUCAAUCACAACUACUAAAUGCACACUUUCCUGUCCUUUUUACUAAGUGUUAUCCAUUAGUAGGACAUAGCACUGAGUAAUUGAAAACAGAGAGAUAAUAGUGGAGGGGUCCUCCUGUGACAGUCAAUUUGUAACUGAUAAAUAGGUUAAGAGCAGACUUGCAACAGAUCUCUGUUAACAACCAUGACAAAUAUGAAAAAACUGACAGCUUGCCAACAGUCUAACUUUGAAUGUGCCAUAAAAAUGCACAGAGCUAUGGUAGUAGAAGACCUUGUGUCUGUAUUAAAAUGAUGCUCCCCAACAUCUCUGCUGUCCUAUUGCAUGGCAGCAACCUUUGAAUUGCACCAUCUGUGUGCUUGAGUGUGUACCACAAGUCUCCAUAUAUAUAUAUAUAUAUAUAUAUGCAUAAAUCCUUCAAUCCCUGAUAUAGGCACACCCUUAUGAUCAUAUUCCAGCUGAUAAAAGAAAAGAUUUGGUCCGUACUUGACAUACGAGUUCCAAAUUCACAUGAUACUACAAAUUUGUCUUUCACUUAUUUGUCAUAGCUAUUCUUCCACUGAUGAAAGUAAUCACAAAUAAAUAAAAUUUGGUCUUCCUUUAAAUAUCUUUGCCAUCUUUUAAGCUCUCUGAAUAGGAUCUAUCAUCUUCUGAAAAUAAGCUUGGGCUUGAGUACUUAAAGCCAAAUAUAACUGUCUCUGAGUUCUCAGCAAGGUCUUGGGAAAUCUACUGUCCUCAAGGGCUAAUUUUUGUAUCCAUUUUUAUCUCUGUCUUAUUCAGGCACAUUUUCUUUCCCCUCUACAGGCAGACAAACUAUUUUCUUUGGCAGAUUGCAGAUGAAAAGAAGAUAUCAGCAAAAUACUAAAAUGAUUUGAUGCCUGAUAAUAGAAGGUGACUUGCUCCUUAUCAGAAAGCAGCAGUUAAUUCCCACAUUACAAUGUAUUAAAAGCUGUUUGGGGCAAAAGUGAUCUGUGAUGAUAGUAAUGCAGUAGCUUCAGUCAGCCAGCAUUAAGGUUGUGACCCAGUUCUUGUAAGCUAUUGAAGCCUUUCCUUUAAAAAUAUAUUGUGAUAAAUGGUAUAUUUCUCUGCCUGUAAAACCUAGGCUUUAUUUGAUUUUUCCAUUGCAGUUUCAUUCAAAAUUUCAUUCUCCACAAUACCCAGAAGCCUCUCCUGGGAAAUGUACUUAUUCCUUGAAGUCCUAUUUUUGAUGUUUCACCUUGUGUUCAUGAUCUUAAUUAUGCCCUCAGCAAACUCUCUGUAGGACGCAAAGCCCCGUGACCAAUAUUUAUCACUGAAUGUACUACAUAACCUUAGGAAGAAAAAUGCCUCUCAUUUGAAUACAAAUAUUCUUCCAUGAGAGCAGCUGCCUUUCAAUGUCAUGGCAGAAUCUGUGCAUCCCGAAUUUUUGGUCCUGACCAUGUGGCCCUAGAACCCCUUGGGGCAUGGCACUGGUGCCAGCGUGUCCCUCCUUGCAGCCAAAGGGCAGCACUCAGGCCCAGCUGUGGCCAGAGUGCAGAAACACCACGGUGUGGAGGGAUGCUCCUUCCAACUCCCACAGCUCUGCCACAGCUUACACAAAAGCCUUUCAGACAAGUACUCCUGAAGAAAAUGGGGAAAAAAAGAAAAAAAGUGAUGUGUUCAGUAUACAGUGCUAACUCAGACAAGGGGUUUGGUGUCAUUAGUUCUACUUUGUUUCCACAGUUUCUGGUCUGUGACCUUUGCACAGUACUAAAUGUGUAUUCUCAAGGACACCCACAUUGACUUUUUUUUAAUCAGGGAGACGCUGUGUUGCUAUUAUUUCUUUUUCUUUCUUUUUGCAGGUGCAAGAAUUCUUUGUUCUGCUAAGCACAACAGCUGUUCUGUGCUGCUUGAUCAAAUAUCAAAAAUGAUGGCUUUUCUACUGCUCUGAUUUCUUCUUGCCUGAAUAUGAUGUUUCUUUCAUACCCCCCUUGGCUUUUGAUGCACUCUUUCUAAUCUCCUUUCUUAAAACAUCCACGCCCCUGAAAUAUUUUUCCAUCUGUUUCUUUGCCACUUUGCCACUCAGUCCUCCUGUUCGCUUGUCAUAUUGAUUGUAAUGGCUAUUUUGCCUUAAUCAAUCAGAAAAUGCAAAGUAGUCUUUGUCACAAAGUUUGACUUGUAAGGCUCCUUGACUCUGCUAACCUCCUGCUUAUUUAAGGUCCAACAGGAAUUACCUUUGCAUUAUGAAAUAUAAGGAAUUAAAACAUACCUGAGAUGUUGUUUAAUGUAAAUAAUAUAAAAUAUUUCUUUUUUGUGGCACAAAAUUAAUAUUUUACAAAAUAUAAUUUAGUACAAUGUUUCAUACUUUGACAUAAGCAGUGAAAUCUGAAAUCCAUUCUUAAAAUUGUUCCUUCAAGAAAGAAUCUGUGAAUAACAGGGCGGUAUUUUUUGUAUUCUUUGUUAAUACCAUUUCAUUUAAUACCUAAAAUAAACCUUCCUUGUAUUGCAAAUGUAUUAUAUCUUUCAGUACUAUACCUUCUGUUCUGGAGAUGGUGUGUCAGAUCAGGGUAAUUAAAGUACUCUUGUUUAUCUGCAAAAUAAAAUGUGAAGGACAAUAUAA